ACAGUGGCUUGGCUCAGAGACAGCAUUGAGGGCUUAUACAGUCUGAUGCCAACAUAACCAUGGGAAAGAUCAUAUUUUACGAAGACAGAAACUUCCAGGGGCGCUCUCACGAGUGCAGCAGCGACUCUGCAGACCUUCACUCCUACUUCAACAGAUGCAACUCCAUCAGGGUGGAGAGUGGCUGCUUCAUGGUGUACGAGAGGCCCAACUACAUGGGCAACCAGUACUACCUGAAGAGGGGGGAGUACAGUGAUAACCAGCGCAUGCUUGGCAUGAGUGACUGUGUCCGAUCUUGCCGUAUGAUCCCCCAGCACCGAGGCUCCUUCAGGAUGAGACUUUACGAAAACUUCGACAUGUCUGGCCAGAUGCACGAGCUGAUGGAAGACUGCCCAGACGUCCAGGACCGCCUUAGCAUGUCUGAAUUCAACUCCUGUAACGUGAUGGACGGCCACUGGCUGCUGUACGACCAACCCCACUACAAGGGCAGAGCGUACUACCUGAGGCCGGGAGAGUACCGGAGAUACAGCGACUGGGGAGGAGUCAGCCCGAGAGUUGGCUCCAUCAGAAGAAUCACAGACUUCUAAAGUUCGCUUCAGUGCAUCUUUCCUUGAGUUUAAUUGUCUGUUUUACCAAUAAAUGUCAACUGCUUCAUGAAAAA